AUGGCAUCAACGAGCUCGGAACAAACUUUUGAGAUCCCCAAGACUUGUAUUGGCGGAGUUGUUGUGAAUGAAGGGCCUGACUUCCGCGUUGAGGUCCGACGUGACAUCCCCGUCCCAGAGAUUGGCCCCGAUGAUGUCCUUAUUAAGCUUAACGCAACUGGCAUUUGCCAUUCCGAUAUUCACUUCAUGCUCGCGGAUCUAGGCAUUGGUAAGAUGAGCGAUUAUGGAGUGAAAUGUGCUGGCCAUGAAGGUGCCGGCGUGAUUGUGAAAGUAGGCGAGAACUGUAAACGUCUAAAAGUUGGCCAGAGAGCGGGAUUUAAGCCAAUCGAAAACACGUGCGGGAUGUGCGAACUCUGCAGAACUGACAAGGAAUGCUAUUGUCCUGAGGCUACUUAUGUGGGCUUGCAUGUCGACGGAACCUACCAGCAAUAUGUGAAGAGCCCGGAGCGGUACACGACCCUGAUUCCGGAUGGCGUCUCCGACUAUAUUGCUGGACCCAUCAUGUGCAGUGCCUCGACGAUAUACUGUUCAUUGAAGGAGUCAGGUAUACGGCCGGGAAAUUGGGCUGUAUUUCCAGGUGGCGGAGGUGGUGUUGGCAUCCAAGGUGUGCAAUUAGCCGCUGCUAUGGGCUUCCGGCCUAUUGUCGUCGAUACGGGAGACGAGAAGAAGAAGCAGCUGUGCAAAGACAUGGGCGCAGAAGCUUUCAUUGACUUCAAGACCAGCGACGAUCCGAUCAAGGAAGUGGUUGCCUUAACGGACGGCAUAGGUGCCCACGCUGUGUUUGUCACAGCGUCGCAAGCAUAUCCAACUGCACAGGGUUACCUGGGAUCUCGUGUUGGUGGUGUUGUCAUGUGCAUCGGCCUGCCACCAGCGGGAAAGUAUUCGAUGACUAUCCCCCCUACUUCUUUGAUCUUCCGCAACCAGAAGGUUAUGGGCACCCUCGUCGCGAAUUUGGCCGACGUGGAUGAGACAUUGCAAUUCGCGAAGCGCGGAAAACUCAAGCUGCCAGCAAACGUCGUUGGCCUUUCACAAUGGAAUGAGGCAUGUCAGAACGUUAAGAACGGCUUAGUUGCCGGACGAUACGUCGUUGAUUUUAACAAGGAAUAG